AUGGCUUCCGUUGCUUUGCCGGCGUUAAGUUGCCGGAGCUCAGGAGAACAAGUGAAAGAGAUUCGCGUUUGCACGAAUCGUACCUGCCGGAGACAAGGCUCCUUCCAAAUUCUCGAGACUUUAACAGCUCUCGCACCUCCCGAACUCCGAGUCACUCCCUCCGGUUGCCUCGGCCGAUGCGGUGCCGGUCCAAACCUCGUUGCUCUCCCUCAAGGUCUCAUCCUCCGUCACUGCGCCACGUCUUCUCGUGCUGCUGAAAUCUUGUUCAGCCUCUGUGGUGACGGCGGUCGUGAAGCUUCUUCGUCCUCCGCCGUCGCAGACGCUCUCACCGCUUUAGCGCUUACCAACAAUGCUCUCUCUCAAAUCGAUGCGGGGAACUUCUCGGAAGCCGAAGCACUUCUUACUCAGGCUUUAGAGUUGAAACCCUACGGUGGCUUGCAUAGAAUCUUCAAACACAGAGCAGUAGCAAAAUUGGGAAUGCUUGAUUACUCUGGGGCUCUUGAAGAUAUAAGCCGAGCUCUGGCCUUAGCUCCCAACUAUUCUGAGCUCUACAUUUGCCAAGGUGAUGUCUACGUAGCAGAAGGUCAAUAUGAUCUCGCAGAGAAGUUGUACUUGAAAUGUCUAGAGAUAGAUCCUUCUCUUCGCAGAUCUAAACCAUUCAAGGCCCGGAUUCCAAACCUUCAGAACAGAGUUGUUGAAGUAGAUGUGACAUAGAAGUAUUCAGACAUUGAGAGCUGUAUCUGGAUGCAUACUGA